AUGACGGCUCUUCACCUAAGCACCAUCUUUCCCCGCUCCGCAUCGUCUCUACAAAGCUACAUUGCCAAACUCAGCAAGGUAUACAGCGGACACGGGCACACCUUCAUCUUCGCCCUUUCCGCUAACUUCGAGGCACCUUCGGACCUCAGCAAGUCAGUUGAAAGUUUGACGAAUUUCAUUGGCGAUGGGGGACAAUCUGUUGGAUGCCUUUCAAGUCCGUUCAACGGCGUGAAUUCAACGCGACGUUUGUCGUGUUCUUUUGGCGUAUUCGAAUCGCCAGCAGCUACCACGUUUCGGUCUGUUAUUCCUGGAAAGGCGGAGGUGCAAGUAGGACGGUGGUUUUCGUUUAGGAAGAAGGAGGAAGAGGGGGUAUCGACGAUAACUGAAGGCGAUUACGAAGAAGGUGUGGACUGGGAGAAUGUCUGGGAUAGAAGUACGCAGGCUGCCUCUCUUCCGGAAGAUUUGCAGAAAGUAGACUCCAACACAAUCAACUCUUUGAUUUAUUUUACUGAUACCGCGCCAGAAGGGCUUUGUAACACUCUCCAACUCUUACCCAGUGCAACAAAGCUAGGGCUUAUCGGCACCCCGACUCCCUUUAUCACCGGACGGCCAGUGACUCUGUUUCAUAAUGGGAAAAUCCACGGCUCCGGAGCUGUUGGAGUCGCUCUCUCAUUAGGAAAGGCUGCCCGCGUGGAUUACCUUGGUAUGAAAACACUCUCCGAGCCCAUGACGAUAACAAGGUACUCUCCUCUUAUGACCCCAUGGUGUAAGGUAGCUCAAGAUUGUAGCUGCGAGGGCAACUUGGUCAACACCAUCAACAACGCUAAUCCUACAAAGCUCCUUCUGUCGGAUAUCCGCAAAGCCGGGCUAGAAGGAAGCGGCAUUGAACAGUAUUCGCUGGGUGUUGUCCUCCCUGGCGAAAAAAUAGGACGAACCUAUCGGAUUACAGCGGGCGACCCUUCUCGAGGGAGCCUUUCCGUUGACUCACAGAGAGCUCCGAAUUCUGGGACACUCGUUCAAUUCCUUCACCGCCCCGAAUCAGCAACAAUUGAGCUCCCACAGAGCCUAUUCUCGCCAACAACCCCAACUCUGGGAUUUUUGUCAGUAUCCGAUUCUCCUUCACAAGGAGAAUUUCAAGAUCAUGAUGAUGAUAUCAUCUUGAGCGACACAUUCUUGGCGGCGAGCGACAAGGGGGUCGUUUUGAGUCCCGCUUCAAAUAAUGUGAAGAGUCGGGAGGAUCCCUGGGUUUGUUCCCUUCCUGGUGGUUUGGCGACGCUCGAUAUGGCGCCUGGUGUUCAUCGGUAA